AUGGCGUUUGAUGUGAGGAGCUACACCUCGGCGCAGCAGCAGCGCCUGGAGGAAAUACGUCGCGCGACCGAGAAGGAGCGGGCACUACUCGCCCUUUACGCCGGCAAGCUGGCGUGCGGUUCGCAGGCGGCUUCGAGUCUACCUCCGGAUGCCAGUCAAACCCUGCUGGGGUCGAGCGACAGCGGCCGAUGGACCUUGUUGAAUGACAGGGCCAUGGAGCUGCACGCGCUGGAUGAGAAGUUGCUGUCGGAGGAGCAGGAGGUGGAGAGACAGACGUCUGAACUUGAUAGGCGUCUGCAUGCUGCGGAGCGCCGAAAGGCGGAAUUACUGUCGCGGCUGGCCGCUCUCCAGCACCGGGAGGUGCUCGUAAAGAAGGAGGAGGAGCUCCUGGAGGAGGCGGAGUCAGGUGCACAGCGAGUGUCGCGGGAGAUUGAGGCCUUCUUGCAGGGGAUGAAUGAGGAGCAGUGCGCCAUGGAGGCACGAGUGAGUGAGAAGCGUGCCCGUCUUGUCGCAGCAAAGUCGGAAGCGCGUGAUCAGCAAAAGAAAAGAGACGCUUUGGAGGCGCGUGGCCGUGUGCAUUUGGAGGAGGUGCAGGAUCGCAUUCGGGGGCACCGGAUGGACGUGGCGAGGCUCAGCAGCGCAGUAAAUGACAAGGAGAGGUGGAUGCGGCAGGAACAGUCCCGCCUGCGAGAGGCGGAGCUCGCAACCAUUUACCGACUGAAGAAGGACAUUGAGCUCAUGGCGAUAUCCUUGGGCAACACCACAGGCGUCGCUAAGGGUGCAAGCCCCUAA